AUGCUCCGUGGAGCGGGAGCCAUCGCAGAAGGGGCAGGCGAUGAGACGCCCAUGGAGCGAUCAUCCUACCAGCAUGUCUUUCCCCGCAAGCAACAAACCAAGAAGCAUCGUGAAGGAUGGAAAAAGCCAUCUGAGAGAGACAGGCAAGCUGAGAGGAAGAGGGCAGAGCGUGUCUCGUCCGAGCCCAGCCGGGUGGACGCCUUCUUGUCUCGACAUGUCUUCGAUGCCUCGUUGUAG